AUGCCCAACCCAAUGUCUCUGAAAGCUCAAAUCACCGAAAAGAUCAUUUCCCUUUUAAAAACCCUUCCAAAGGAACAAAUCAAGCACUAUGCUUCGUUUAAGGAUGUGCAGUUGGAGAGGUUCCAGAAUAAAGACUUGAUGGAUUCAGUGAGUGAGGAAGAUUUGAAAUUGCAAUACAUCUCCUUAAGAGACUUGGUCAACGACAAGUACAAGAACUACUACAAGCUUGAUGAUAAAUUAUUGAAGCCAAAGGGCAAUCCUCAGUACUACGAGCGUCUUUUAGCUGACCUCAGAGGAGAAAAGAAGGAAACCUUGGGCACAGCCAUCCGGACAGUCGUUUUUGGAAAGUGA